AUGGCAGACUGGGUUGGCUCCACGGCUGUCCAGGUGACGUCAGCUGAGCGCACAAGAGUCCUGGGCCAGACCGUGUUCCUGAACGACAUUUACUACGCUUCUGAAAUAGAAGAAAUCUGCCUUGUGGAUGAAAACCAGUUCACCUUAACCAUUGCCAACCAGGGCACCCCUCUGACUUUCAUGCACCAGGAGUGCGAAGCUAUUGUACAGUCUAUCAUUCAUAUACGGACACGAUGGGAGUUAUCCCAGCCCGACUCUAUACCGCAACAUACGAAAAUCCGUCCCAAGGAUGUGCCCGGAACCCUGCUGAACAUCGCGCUGCUUAAUCUAGGGAGCUCAGACCCAAGUCUACGGUCUGCGGCCUAUAAUCUUCUCUGUGCCUUAACUUGUACUUUUAAUUUAAAGAUUGAAGGCCAAUUACUGGAAACAUCAGGUCUUUGUAUCCCUGCAAACAACACUCUUUUCAUUGUCUCCAUUAGUAAAACUCUGGCAGCUAACGAGCCCCACCUUACCCUAGAGUUUUUGGAAGAAUGCAUUUCUGGAUUUAGCAAGUCUAGUAUUGAACUAAAACAUCUCUGCCUGGAAUAUAUGACUCCCUGGUUAUUGAAUCUGGUCCGCUUUUGCAAACAUAAUGAUGAUGCUCGGCGCCAGCGAGUCACAGCGAUUCUUGAUAAGCUUAUCACAAUGACAAUAAAUGAGAAACAGAUGUAUCCUUCCAUUCAAGCCAAGAUAUGGGGUAGUUUGGGACAGAUAACUGAUCUCCUUGACGUGGUGUUGGACAGUUUUAUCAAAACCAGUGCCACAGGAGGAUUGGGGUCCAUCAAAGCAGAGGUCAUGGCAGAUACAGCUGUUGCCCUGGCUUCUGGAAACGUGAAGCUGGUUUCCAGCAAAGUGAUUGGACGGAUGUGCAAAAUAAUCGACAAGACCUGCCUCUCUCCAACUGCCACGUUAGAGCAGCACCUCAUGUGGGACGACAUUGCCAUUCUGGCCCGUUACAUGCUGAUGCUGUCUUUUAACAAUUCCCUCGAUGUGGCCGCACACCUCCCCUACCUCUUCCACGUUGUUACUCUGUUGGUGGCUACCGGCCCUCUUUCUCUCAGAGCUUCCACCCACGGCCUGGUCAUCAACAUCAUUCAUUCUCUGUGCACUUGUUCACAACUUCACUUUAGUGAGGAAACGAAGCAGGUUUUGAGGCUAAGUUUAACGGAGUUCUCAUUGCCCAAAUUCUACUUGCUGUUUGGAAUUAGCAAAGUGAAAUCUGCAGCGGUCAUUGCAUUCCGAUCCAGCUAUCGGGACCGGUCAUUCUCUCCUGGCUCCUAUGAGAGAGAAACAUUUGCAUUGACAUCUCUGGAAACAGUCACAGAAGCAUUGCUGGAAAUUAUGGAGGUAUGUAUGGCAAGGACAUCAAGAUACGAGUGUACAAGCAUGAAGGAAACGAAGCAGGUUUUGAGGCUAAGUUUAACGGAGUUCUCAUUGCCCAAAUUCUACUUGCUGUUUGGAAUUAGCAAAGUGAAAUCUGCAGCGGUCAUUGCAUUCCGAUCCAGCUAUCGGGACCGGUCAUUCUCUCCUGGCUCCUAUGAGAGAGAAACAUUUGCACUGACAUCUCUGGAAACAGUCACAGAAGCAUUGCUGGAAAUUAUGGAGGGUCUGGAGAGCUGCUUGAAAGGGCCAGACAACUACAACAGCCAAGUUCUGAUAGAGGCCACCGUCAUAGCCCUGACUAAGCUCCAGCCGCUCCUCAACAAGGACUCACCUCUGCACAAGGUGCUAUUUUGGGUGGCCAUGGCAGUUCUACAGCUGGAUGAGGUCAAUCUGUAUUCCGCAGGCACAGCUUUACUUGAGCAGAACCUUCACACUUUGGACAACCUCCGGGUAUUUAAUGAUAAAAGCCCUGAGGAAGUCUUCAUGGAGAUCAGGAGGCCUCUGGAGUGGCACUGUAAGCAGAUGGACCACUUUGUGGGACUCAAUUUCAACUCCAACUUCAACUUUGCACUUGUGGGACAUCUGCUAAAAGGUUACCGGCAUCCCUCACCGACCAUAGUAGCAAGAACAGUAAGGAUUCUGCACACACUCCUUGCUCUGGUUAACAAACAUAGGAACUGUGAUAAGUUUGAGGUGAAUACCCAGAGUGUGGCUUACCUUGCAGCUCUGCUGACUAUGUCCGAGGAAGUCAGAAGCCGGUGCAGCUUAAAGCAUAGGAAAUCGCUCCUCUUGACAGAUAUUUCAAUGGAAAACGUUCCUAUGGAGACAUACCCCAUACACCACAAUGAAGCCAGUUGUAGGACACUAAGAGAAAACCAGCCCUGGUCUUCUCCCAAGAACUCUGACAGACAUCUCGCUGCUAGUUACCCAACUGUUGGGCAGAUCAGUCCCCGCACAAGGAAAUCCAUGAGCCUGGAUAUGGGACAGCCUUCUCAAGCCAACACUAAAAAGCUGCUAGGUACCCGAAAAAGUUUUGACCACUUAGUAUCGGACACAAAAGCCCCUAAAAGACAAGAAAUGGAAUCCGGGAUCACCACGCCUCCAAAAAUGAGAAGAGUAGCAGAAAAUGAUUAUGAAAUGGAAACACAAAGGAUAUCACCCCAACAGCAUCCCCAUCUCCGUAAAGUAUCUGUGUCCGAGUCUAAUGUCCUCCUGGAUGAGGAAGUCCUCACUGAUCCCAAAAUCCAAGCUUUGCUGCUGACGGUCCUUGCAACGUUGGUAAAGUACACAGCAGAUGAGUUUGACCAGCGAAUCCUGUAUGAGUAUUUAGCAGAAGCCAGUGUGGUUUUCCCAAAGGUCUUUCCUGUUGUGCACAAUUUAUUGGACUUCAAGAUAAAUACUCUCUUAUCGCAAUGUCAGGAUCCAAAUUUAUUGAAUCCCAUUCAUGGGAUUGUUCAGAGUGUGGUUUACCACGAAGAAUCUCCACCACAGUACCAGACGUCUUAUCUGCAGAGUUUUGGAUUUAACGGCUUGUGGAGGUUUGCAGGACCAUUUUCUAAGCAAAGUCAAAUACCCGACUACGCUGAGCUGAUUGUGAAGUUCCUUGACGCCUUGAUCGACACCUACUUGCCUGGAAUGGAUGAGGAGAUCAGUGAAGAAUCCCUUCUAACCCCAACCUCUCCUUACCCUCCUGCAGUGCAGAGUCAGCUCAGCAUCACUGCAAACCUGAACCUUUCCAAUUCCAUGACCUCACUUGCAACUUCCCAGCAUUCCCCAGGAAUCGACAAAGAGAACGUGGAACUUUCUCCAACGGCCGCACACUCCAACAGCGGAAGGACUCGUCAUGGCUCAGCUAGCCAAGUGCAGAAGCAACGGAGCACCGGCAGUUUCAAACGCCACAACAUUAAGAAGAUGGUGUGA